GAGGCAGCAUCAAUCAUCUCUCAGCGUUCCAUCAAUCCCAGAGAGCUGUUCAUGCAGAAGGAGAGAAGCUUGGCCAACAGUGCAACACCUUCUUCAGUCAGCCGACCAGGUCAGUUGAGAAGCCCAUUUUUAUCCCAGCAAGCAGUCAGUGCAGAAAACCCUCCCAAUGAAAGCAGGUCUCAGCCCCUGUCUCCAGUUCACCCUGCGGCAGCUGCCUCAGUUUCACAUAUACCAGCUCCAGUCUCUCCUGUGCACGAAACUCCGGCUUUCCCAGUAAAAUAUGAAGACCCCUUCUCUGAUGAUCCAUUUGUAUCUGAACAAGCUGAAGAUUCUGAAGAUGAAUGGGAUGCAGAUUCAGGUGAGGAGGGAUCGAGCCCUAAUGCUGGGAAACAGCAAAGUUAUGAUGUAAACAACAUCUACACGAACAUCCCCUCACAUGAAAGUCUCUAUGAGAACGUUAACCAGGAUUUCCAAACCCAUGCUGGUGAGGAAGAGGAGACAGGCGAAAACCAGAACAUCUGCGCAAGAGCACUUUAUGACUACCAAGCUU